AUGACCGUCGUAUUACGUAUUCUGAGACAAUUUGGAGCUAUAGAUAUGUUACCGUAUAGACUACAGCAUGUUAUUGUAUCAGCUGCUUACGAUUUGUCCCAUAUUGGAAUUCCUCUUAUCGUAAUUCUAUCGGCUGAUUUUCGUCAACAAUUUCGUGAGAAAUUUUCUUCACAACGAUCCCCGUUAGGUACGCUAUCUGUAAAUUGGGCUCGUCCACGACGUUUCACGAUACCGUGA